AUGACUUCAAUAAUUAAAUUUCACUGCUUAUCGGGAGCUGGGAAUGAGUCUCCACCAUGUUAUGUGCUGCAAAUAGAUGAAUUUAAAUUUCUAUUAGACUGCGGAUGGGAUGAAAAGUUCGAUAUGGAUUUUAUAAGAGAAUUAAAAAGGCAUAUAAACACAAUUGAUGCUGUUCUCAUAUCCCAUUCGGAUCCUCUUCAUCUCGGCGCACUACCAUAUGCUGUAGGCAAGCUCGGCCUCAACUGUCCUAUAUAUGCAACACUGCCAGUAUAUAAAAUGGGGCAGAUGUUUAUGUAUGACUUGUACCAAGCCCACAGAAAUGUGUCUGAGUUUGAUCUGUUUACGCUUGAUGAUGUAGAUGCUGCAUUCGAUAGAAUAAUACAAUUGAAGUAUAAUCAGAGCAUGGACAUGAAAGGCAAAGGCUUAGGUGUCCGCAUCACACCACUUCCUGCUGGACAUUCGUUAGGUGGCACUGUGUGGCGAAUCGCAGCUCCUGGAGAGGAAGAUAUUGUAUAUGCCCCUGAUUUCAACCAUAAGAAAGAAAGACAUCUGAAUGGCUGUGAAAUUGAGAGAUUGAUGAGGCCAUCGUUGAUGCUGUUGGGAGCAAUGAAUGCUGAUUAUGUUCAGCAGAGGAGGCGCUUACGAGAUGAAAAAUUAAUGACAACUAUACUUACAACCCUACGAGGUGGAGGUUGUGUACUAGUAUGCACAGAUACAGCCGGCCGAGUACUAGAACUGGCACAUAUGUUGGACCAGUUGUGGCGGAACAAGGAUUCAGGACUUGUGGCUUACUCGCUGCUGUUGCUGUCUAACGUCAGUUACAACGUUGUGGAGUUUGCUAAGUCACAGAUAGAAUGGAUGAGUGACAAACUGACCCGCGCCUUUGAAGGCGCCCGCAGCAACCCCUUCGCCCUGCGCCACCUGCAGCUGUGUCACUCAGUGGGGGAGGUGAGCCGCACGCCCGGGCCCAAGGUCGUGCUGGCCUCCUUUCCGGACCUGGAAGCUGGAUUUGCCAGAGAUCUGUUUCUGCUGUGGGCUCCUAAUCCGCAGAACUCUAUUGUACUUACUGCAAGAACAUCUCCAGGCACUUUAGCUCGCGAUCUAAUUGAAAAGGGCGGGGACAGGACAAUAGAACUAAUGGUUCGACGUCGUGUCAGACUAGAGGGAGCUGAACUUGAGGAAUUCAUGCAGCAGCAGAAGGUUAAAAUCAACAAUACUAUCAAGGAAGAAACUGCUGGCAUAUCUUCUGACUCUGAUUCUGAUGGAGAGCUAGAGAUGUGGGUGGUGACGGGUAAGCACGAUAUUCCGGUGCGCCAUGAUGUCAGAGCGGGGGGUUGUUUCAAGUCCAACAAGCGACACCACGCCAUGUACCCUUUCCACGAGGAGAGAACCAGGGCCGAUGACUAUGGGGAGGUUAUCAAGCCUGAAGACUACAGAUUGGCUGAAAUUGUUGAUGCAGAAGGUGAAAUCAGAGAUGUUCCACCCGCACCUCCACCGAAGCAGGAACCUGACGAGGAGAUGACAGAAAUCCCAAGCAAGUGCGUGUCGUCGAUGCGGCAGGUGACGGUGAAGGCGAACGUGCAGUACAUCGAGCUGGAGGGGCGCUGCGACGGCGAGUCGCUGCUGCGCGUCCUGGCGCAGGCCAAGCCGCGCGCCCUCGUGGGGCUCCGCGCCAACGCCGCCGCGCUGCACACGCUCAAGAAGCACUGUGAAGCCGAAGGCAUUGAGAAGAUCUACAUACCGGGACCAGGCGAAGUUAUUGACGCCACCACUGAGUCACAUAUUUACCAGGUGAAACUGACAGACAGCUUGAUGUCUGGCCUGGCGUGGCGUUCGGCCGGUGACACCGAACUGGCGUGGCUCUCAGCUGUCGUCACUCCCAGGGCUCAUCAGCGAGAGUCAGAUGCCACUACCGAAGAGGCGCAGUCGGAGGUGCGGCUGUGCCUGGAGGCGGGCGGCGCGGGCGGUGCGGGGGGCGGCGGGGGGCACGCGGCGUCGUUCAUCAACUCGGUGCGCCUGUCCGAGCUGCGCGCGGCGCUGGCGCGGGCGGGGCUCGCCGCGGAGUUCGUCGGCGGAGCGCUCGAGUGCUGCAACGGAACCCUCGCCAUACGGAGGUUGGAGAGUGGCCGUAUCGCGCUGGAAGGAGUAUUAUCGGAAGAGUAUUACAAAGUCAGGGAACUUCUCUAUGAACAGUUUGCUAUUGUGUGA